GACCACAUUGACGCUGGCCUACUCUCAUCCGUAGAAAGGGAUCUCGCGAUAACAAGGCCAUUACCUUCGAGCCUGUCUGGACAUAAGGAUACUCGUCCUCUGAGUCGAUUCUAUCUCAAUGUACCCACAAACGCAGCUGAUAGAAGCCGACUCGAUUUGUCUUCUGUUUAUCAACGUGAUCUGGAAGAUUUGCUUGAAUCAGCCUGCUGA